AUGCAGAACCUCUCAGAGAGUUUACUCAAAACAACUGAGAUGAAAGCUAAACAACAAUUAGCAUUUGCUGCAGAUCAAGCAUUCACUAUGAAGAGCUUCAUCAAUAUAAUUAUCAUCAUUAAUAAGAAUAGAGAAAACCAGAUCUUAGGCCUGCAGCAGAAGAUUGAAUGUUUACACAGACAGACAACUACACUGAACCUGAAGAUCUCAUCACAAUUAUUCACAAUCUCUUCAGAAGUAUACACAUCAUCAGAGAUCACUGCACAGAAUGAGAAUUCAAGCAUGAAAUACAUCAAGUCAGAAGAUCUGUCAGAGUCACUAAGCUUUAAUAGUGACUGA